AUGGCCAGAACAAAUAAGCUGAAGACGUUCACCGGGUGUUUCACUUGUCGGUCUCGAAAGAUUCGGUGUGACUUAAGGCGACCAACGUGCAACAACUGCAAGAAAGCCCAUCUCACGUGUCUGGGCUAUGACAUUAAGCUACGCUGGCUGCUUCCGGUCGAGUUUACUCCUAAAGGGAGGAACCCAAUACAGCAUCCAGUGAAAUUCCCAGAUAAUGAGGCCGACAACUCAGAGCUGGGGUUUUUCCAAAGAAGACACGUCGGUUUUGUCACUUGGGACGCUGCCAAGAACUGCAAGCCGUACGAGACAUAUGAGGAAAUGGAUACACAUUUGGCAGAUUUGCAGAGUUUAAAAAGACCUGCUCAAACGGUGCUUAGGGGCCCUUUUGGCGUUUUCAGCCUGAAAAGAGCUAAGAAAAUUGCAGAGCUAAAACGGCAGAGCAACAGUAAGCAGCAACCGGUUCCUUCGGUCAGUGAAGACGACGCUUUGCUUGGUCACGACCAGCUCUGGCUCUCUAACGAAUUGAAAGACCACGCCUUGCUUACAGCUGCAGCUUUGAAUGGUGAUACACAAUUUCUUGACCUCGUGGACUCGCUCCCCAAUUUUUCUCCCAGCUCUCUGGCGUUCCCAGGAAACGCCGAAUCAAACGAUUUCCUCAAUUUGGUGUUUCACCGCCAUAAUAAUGCUACCAAUACGAACCUGCCACAGGGACAAGCCACUCCCUCUUCAAUGAGCAGCCUUCUCAAUCCAGACGAGAAUAUGAAAUUUCCUGCAAAUCAGCUAUACCUGAACUAUAAUAAUUUUUUCUACAAUAACCCAUACCAACUCAACAAAACGUUGGAAAUCCAACUUCACGCCCUGGCGCAUCCUCUGAAACACGAUGAUGCUACUGUUAUGGUAGAUGGAGACAACUCUAGCGCUACACACAUGCCCGAAGAUAUCAUGGCCAUAGUUGAGCGUCCUUUACAGCCAAAACUUGGUUUUGAUAUCUCUUUACCCAAAAAUGGCGUGAUGCUCCCAACAACCGCUCUACAAGUGCAGCCACUCACCCGGUACUUGCUUAACUACUAUGUCACUCAGGUAGCUGACCUCAUGACCGUCAUUCCCCUCACCGAAAAUCCUUGGAAAACGAUUUAUUUCCCAAGAGCACUUAUGGCCAUAGGUGAGCUCAGCGCACUAGGAAAGACUUCCACAGCGAAAAAUGCGUUGCUUAAUGCCCUUCUCGCAGUGGCGGCAUUUAACCUCCAGAGUAAAUUCCCAAAGAACUCUGAGCCGAUGAAGUUUUACUUGAACUUGGGGAUUAGGCUUCGAAACCAGGCGUCGGUGUUUGUGAAAACGCUUCUUGGGUCCAAAAGCGGGUCGCAAAGCAACAUCGAGAGAUGUGUUGCGAAUGAGAAGUAUAAAGAUGUUCUUUGUGCUGUGAUGUCGAUGAUUUCCGUGGACUUGGUCUGGGGCACCAUGCAAGAUACUAACUUCUACAUCAAGUGGUGUGAAAAGGUGAUCUACACCAAAAUGAGAAACAAAAAGAAGCUUUCACCCAAGGCUAGAAUCAUGCACCGCAUUUUCCUGUCGUUGAAAUUGAUUCAAGAUCUGACUUGCCUAGAUUACGCCAACAUCAAGGAGGACUACGAGCUCUCUGCACGCUUUGGCUACGAUGUGAAGUUACUGUUCGAAAAGGGUACCUUUAGUGACAGCCCCAAGGGACGCAUUGACUUCAUUGUCGACGACAGACCAGUCUCUUCGCCGAUGUUUGUGAAUAAGAAGUUGAUCAACACGAACAAGAAUGAUGAGAACUUUGCAACCGACGCACUCUAUGGCCUUCCAAAUUCAUUGAUUGUUUUAUUCAGCGAGACUGUGCUGUUAUUGCGGGAGAAGAUAUAUGACACAGAGCGGAAGAAACUUGCAGACGACUUUGCAGAGAGGGUUGCCAAACACAAGAAGAAUCUUCAGUCGUGGAAGCUUGACUGGAAACUUUUCGAUAAAGAUGCUUCGGGAAAACAUAACUACUUUACACUGAUGCACGAAGUGACGUACCAUCAUAUCAUGUCCUUCUACCAUGCUCUCUCGAUCUACUUCGAGAGGUUGAUAGAGGAAACGCCCCCAGAGAAACUACAGGACAAGGUUGCCCAGACACUUGAGCAUUUGAACCUGAUACAGGGGCUCAUUGCAAAAGAUGAAGCGCACAUCAUUCCUUUGUUCUGGCAGGGUUUCAUAGCUGGCUGUGAGGCGGUCACGUCAGAUCUCCAAAUGGAGUUCAAGAAAUGGGGAGCCGAUAUUGCACAGUAUCUCGGAAGCUACUGGGGAGCACGGCAGAUCAUGUUGGAGGUGUGGCGACGCAAGAAGCUCCAAGAGCCCCGGGCAGAUUGGGUCAAUGUGAUUCAGGACUGGGAGAUGAACUUGAUGUUGAACUAG